AUGCGGAUGCGGAUUCGGAUUCGGAUUCGCCUUUUGCUCUUCCAUGAAAUGCUGUUGAGUGGCUCCCAUUUCCUGAUUGGGGGAGGAGGCAGCAACAAGGCUGAUGCCCACCUUGUUGGCCCCUCCCGCAGUUGGGUGUUCCUGGUCAAGAAGAGUUACCAGGACACCGACACCUCCCUGCAGAGCAGCAUCAUCACCAAAGUCAAGGGCGUGAUCUUCACCAACACCUCGGAGCUGGGAGAGCGGCUCUGGGACGCUGCGGACUACGUCAUCCCACCCCAGGGGGAGAAUGUCUUCUUUGUCAUCACCAACCUAAUCGUGACCCCCAACCAGCGGCAGGAAACCUGUGCUGAGAGCGAAAGCAUUCCUGACGCCCUGUGCUCUGAGGACAGCGACUGCCCUCCUGGGGAGCCUGUUGUGACUGGAAAUGGAGUGAGGACCGGCCGCUGCCUACGGGCGGAGAACAGGCAGAGGGGCACCUGUGAGAUCUUCGCCUGGUGCCCAGUGGAGACAAGGUCCAGGCCAGAGAAGCCACUCCUGGGCAAGGCUGAAGACUUCACUAUUUACAUAAAGAACUUCAUCCGCUUCCCAAAAUUCAACUUCUCCAAGACCAAUGUGCUGCACACCGAAGACAGUAAUUACCUGAAGUCCUGCCGGUUCGGCCCCAAGAGCCCCUACUGCCCCAUCUUCCAUCUGGGGUCUGUGGUCAGCUGGACGGGGAGCGACUUCCAGGAGAUAGCACUGCAGGGCGGUGUGAUAGGAAUCCAGAUCGAGUGGAACUGUGAUCUUGACAAAGCUCCUUCUGAAUGCAACCCUCACUAUCAUUUUAGCCGGCUGGACAGCAGGCUUCUGGGAAACUCUGUCUCUUCUGGGUACAACUUCAGGUUUGCCAAAUAUUACCGCGAUGAAGAUGGGGUGGAGUUCCGCACCCUGAUCAAAGCCUACGGGAUCCGCUUUGAUGUCCUGGUGAAUGGCAGGGCAGGGAAGUUCAGCAUCAUCCCCACGAUCAUCAACAUGGCCUCCGGGGUGGCGCUCAUGGGUGUUGGGUCUUUCAUCUGCGACCUGGUACUCAUCUACCUCAUCAAAAAGAGCCACUUCUACCGCAACAAGAAAUUCGAGGAAGUAAGGUCUGGCCACACAGGGAAUGGCAAAGUGACUGUGGAGCAGCUGCAGAACCUGCAGACAGUGGAGGCGUAGCCAGACUUGAAGAUGUCGGGGGCAUAAUCACCUGCACCUCUGAACUGGGAAGAGCCUGUGUCUGCAUGGGACAAGGGCUUCUGGGCACCCCCAUCUCUCCUGAACUUUGGGAUCUUGCUACAAGCUUUUUGUUUUGUGUUGGGGGAGGGGAGCCUCCCAGUGGCAGAGUGGCUCAGAUCUAAGAUACACUGGAAAGGGAAGGGGGGCGGGCCAGGGUGCGAAUAUUAGAAUGUUUUCACUUCUUCUGAGAACCUAAUUGGACAUUCAUUCAUUCAUUCAUUUAUUCCUACAUGCAGUAAAUAUUUUUUUGCUGUGGGCUGGGCCCUACUAAGAGACGCUUAAGUGAGACGCUGACCUGGCACUCAGGGAGCACACAUAUAAUUCCCUUCAGAGACCACAGACUUCCUAGCCAGGCUCAGCCACUCUGGCCUUCCUCCAGCCUCCAGGUGGCUUUCACAAAUUCCAGCGGAAAAUGACAGCACCUCAGAGAAAGACCUUUGCCCCCAGGGUUUCAGUUUAAAGGUGGCCAAGGAGGCAACAAAGAGAGGUAGCUGGUCCUUGAGGGGAGAGGCAGCCGCUGAGGGCUGCUAUGUAAGGUGGGUAGGGGAGGUGGAGAGGACUCGCUCCAGUCCGACCCACCUAGCCUAGGGAGUCUCUGGGCAUAGUGUACCCACCCAGGUGGCGCAUCGUUGCCCGCAGUUUGGCUCUUGUGGGGUUGGUGUCCCUGCCCAGCUUCCCUCCCUUUCUUCUCAAGGGCUGGCUGGGUCUGAAGGGCUAAUGACCUGGUGCUCACUCAGUGGGAACAGUUGUUGUUAGGGAGGCCCUCCCCCUCACCCUUGCCCCUCCUUCCCCAUCCCCACCCUGCAGAACUCCGCUGCUCCCCCCGCCCCCCCAGUGGCUGUAGAGCUUCACUCCUCCAGGUGUGGUCUCUGGACCAGCAGCAUCCACAUUACCUGAGAGCUUGUUAGAUACACAGUCUCUGGCCCCUGCCUUCCUCCUAAAUCAGAGCCUGCGUUUCAGCAAGGCUCCCAGGUGAUUCACGUGCUCCUUACAUUAUUUCGAGACGCCCUGGUUGAGGAGAUCUGCAAAGCCUGGUUCUGAGGGAGAAAAGAGCAGGCCUCGGUGAGGCCAGUUUCUAGGUCAGACUUACACACAUUCUACCUUGAGACCGACAGGACCUUCCUCCCCACCCCAGGGAAAGGAGCAUUACACUCCAUUUAAGUAAAAAUAUUUUAAGUAGGCAAUGCUUGUAUGAUUCAAAACUUUAAAGCUACAAAAGAAUCGACAGUGAAAGCUUCCCUCCCGCCCCUGUUCUGGAGGCAACUUGUGUUACCAGUUCCAAGAGGCUCCCUCGUUUCCAAGCUGAGAAUCCACUUGGUUACUCAUGUCCUCUCUCAGGAAAUGAACUUUUCCUGAUGCCUGCAACGUCAGACCAAGUCUCCUCAGAAAGAGACAGGAUGGAGUAGGCUUAAGUACUGGGCUGGGAGCCAGCUAGCUUGCUCCUCCCUCCCCGUGUCUGGGGAGUCCCAGUGUAAACCCAAGGGGAGAGGCCUAGAACUGUUUGAACACUACGCAGCAAACGCCUGCAGUGAUGUUUGCACAGCUGCCCAGACACUGGGGAGCAUCCUCUUUGGAAGUGCCCUUUCGGAUUUCCCUCAAGUCAGGGGAGCCUGGUUCUCUGCACACACAGGAGGGGUGAGCAUCCCUCCCCUGGGGCCUUUGGAGAGGGUCAGAAGAGGUCUGAAAGAAAGUUUCUGGUGAGGUUUGGCCACCGGGGCAGAAGGUCAUGGUCCCCAAAACAGGAACCCUUCUAGAGAAAGCAGCUCCCUCACCUUCGGCUGCCUGGUAACCAGUCUACAAGCCACCUAAUCUCUGAAUAGAAAGUGAAAAAUCUGGGUGAUCCAUUACGAUGUUUUACUUCAUCACUAAAGCAAACUCUUGCAUUAGAUACUCUAGCCUCUUACUUUUAUGCUUGGGAGGAAAAUGGGCAGGAGCAUGGCUGCUUAGGUCCUGUUUCUUUUAGCCUGUUUUUGGAAAUGCUUGGCAGGAGCCAUAAAACCUAAGAACAGUUGUACUGUUUAUUUUAUAUUGGAAUGAAAAUGUCUUCCUACACUAUUCAGUCAGUAAAUAUUUAUUGAAUACCUAUUGUGUCAGGUGUUGGAUUAUGCUGGUGACACAGUGGCAAGCAACACGGAAACAGUCCCUGCUGGAGAGCUUCUAGCUCUGGGGGAGCUGAACCUUAACCAGUAACAGACAUCAUCACAGCUGAAUUGAGAUUUCAAUGGAGUAGCCAGAGAAAGUCCCCCCUAGAAGGAAACUUAUAAACUGAAAUCUGAACAGUUAGUAGCAGUCUUAGUAGGUGCUGGAGAAGGCAUUCCAGGUAAGGGAACCACACAUGUGAAAGAAACCCCUUGACAUGAGAAGGAGCAAUGGAGGAAUUGGAUGAAGACUGUGACUGGAGUUGUGGCUUUCUUUUCAACUUUCUUGCUCAACCUAAUUGUGUCUGCAAGUCCAGCAAAGCUUCCCAGGUCCCCUCCCUACUACCUGUCAGGGAAGCCACGCUCAGAGAAGCCCGUGACCCCAUUAUAGCACUGCAGUGUUGCACGCUGCCCAAGUUCCUUUGCUUUUGCACAUCCCCCUGCUCCUUCCGUUUUGUUUUUUUGCAUAAUGUUGGUGCACAAGUGGGAGGCUCAUUAAUCUUAUAGAAACUGGCUUUGAAACGGGAAGUGAAGCAGGAGCUUGAGCUCCUUUCAAACUUGGGAAAACUCCUUUCUCAGGGUGCUUGCUGCCUCCUCAGGAAGAUGGGCCUGGCAGCCCUUUGAGCCACCAGUCCAGGAUCACAUGAACUGCCUGUGCUAUGUUCAGGCCUAAAGCCACCCAACUUGUAUUUUCCUAAUGAUUUAUUCCAUGCCUUGGGAGUACUAUGCUGCAACUCAAAAAUACAUUUGAAAACUAGGUGCUACCAAUAUGACAUUACAGGGACUACCAUCAAAGAGCCCAGUGCCCUCUACUGGUGCAGGGGUCAUCAGGACUGACCAGUCACUGCUGUCCACCGCCCCCAUCAGUUCUUUCUUCUCAGUGACCACCCACGGGGGGACCAGUUGUGAAGGAGGAACAUGACUUCCUCCAGGUGUCUCGAAGCACCAGCUAAGGCCUACAGCACCCUGCAGAGUCCCUAAAUCAGGCCAAUACACAGAAUUAAAGGGGGAAGACAGCAAACUUUCUGGAAACUGCCCUGUAUAUGUAUUUUCUGACAUUUUUAUUUGGUUAUAAAACAAUAAAAGGGUUAACUUUAAAUGUGUCAUGAUUUUUCCCCCCUCAUGUCUUCACGGUCACCCAUGUUUUAGAGGUAAAUGUAAGGAGAAAGUGAGCCCAAAAGAGGCAGAGACAGAAACAAUUACUGAGCAAUAUUAUGUUCCUUAUUAUCUUGCAAAGAAAUUGCAAGUAAGGAAACUCUUUAAGUGAUUAAACAUUAGGACUAGGAAGGCACUGAUAAAACUUUUCAUUCAGAGUAAUUUGAUAAAACUCUGGAAAGCAUUUGAAAUUAAGUUUUAAUCUUCUGCUCUAGGUUAUUAUUAAAUUCCCUCAAAACAAUA